CAAUGACACACUCCACUGACCAAACAGAGAAAGAAAAAAAAGCGCUCAGCAUUCACUUUCCCAGUCCUAUUUAAGCUUGGCAUUUGCACAGAUCCCUAAGCACCGAUUAGGCCUGCCUCUGUGAUUUUUAUUUUAGACAUUAACUAGACCUAUUGAAAUGCUGUGCUCAUUUAUUGACGCAAAAAUGAUUUGGGCAAUCAUAACUUUCCUAGUGAUGUUUAUUACAGGUUCACACACCGUGGACUUCUGUUAUGAUGAGAGUUUUUGUGAUCCAUAUGCAUGGGGAGACGCGUUCCCAUCCUGCCACCCAAUACUUGAAGAACAUCACUCUCCAAUCAACCUGGAUCAUCAUAUGACCAGAAAUGAGUCACUGGAGGCUUUACGUCUGGAUGGUUUUCAUGCUGUUCAUACAGGACACUGGAAACUGAAAAACAAUGGGCACUCUGUUGUGUUGGAGGUUGGGAAUGGGAUGUCUGUGAGUGGUGGAGGUCUUCCAGGGACGUACCACACCAUCCAGCUCCACUUUCACUGGGGAAGCCUCAACACCAACGGCUCAGAGCACACUGUGGACAGGCACAGGUAUCCAAUGGAGAUGCACAUAGUCAACAUGAAGUCAAGUCACCCCAAUUUGACAUCUGCCUUGGAUGACCCAACUGGCCUUGCAGUUCUUGCGUUCUUUAUUGAUCUUUAUUACAUUGAAAAUGUACACUUUGGACGCAUAUCACGACUACUUCCCUCCAUUGCCUACAAAGGUCAAACGGCUACAGUCAAACCAUUCCCAUUGAUCGGCCUUCUGCCUGAGAGCCAUUUGUCCCAGUACUACCGCUACCAUGGUAGCCUCACCACUCCACCUUGUUCUCAAGCCGUUAUAUGGACCAUGUAUGAAGUCCCCACCUAUAUCUCAUGGUCACAGUUUGAACAGUUUGUCACUGGGAUUUUCUCCACAGAGGAGGAUGAAGAAUUUGUAGCACAUCUCCAUGAUAACUUCCGACACAUCCAUCCCACCUUCAGUCGCAGCGUCUACGCCUCCAAAGAUGCCAAGCUGCUUACAGCGACGGCCAAUCACCUCUAUAGCCCAGCACUCUCAAUACUCCUCCUUCAAUUGACUUUAACUGUUGGGCUCAUCUAUGGGCUCUAGCUCUUUGCUCAGGGCUGUUUUGUUGAUGCUAGCUUUACACUCUCUCUACUUGUGGGACAGCAUCAUAGCCGAGAAACUCUGAAGUUGCCAAUACCAUAGAUUUUUGGGGGGAUUUUUUUUAACAGAGGAUACAUAAAAUACUGUGAAAAAUAAGAGUACUGUUUACUGUGAUUGACCUCUAUGUUUUCAUCAUAUUACUGUCAUUGCGUUCAAUUAGAAAUGGUUUAAUGUUUCAUUACAUGUUUAACAGUUCCAUUCAUAACAUUGUGUAGACUAGAUCUAGUACUGGUAACAGUACAAACAUUUCGUUCAUCAAUGCUACCGUGUAUGCAUCUCUGAUUGUACUGCAUUCAAUCACUACCUAACCUAAUAUAUUCAUGUUAAUUAAACAGAUAAUUGAAUUUGAA